AUGUUGGCAAACAAGAUGUCUCGCUAUCGCGAAUGGGAUCUGUCUUGUAAGGUCUAUGUCGGUAACCUUGGUACUAACGCAUCUAAAUAUGAAAUAGAGAAAGUGUUUUCAAAGUAUGGCAGCAUAAGAAAUGUGUGGGUUGCGAGGAAUCCACCGGGGUUCGCAUUUGUGGAAUUCGAAGAUCCACGCGAUGCUGAAGAUUCUGUUCGUGGGUUAGAUGGCACGCGGUGCUGUGGAACAAGGAUUCGUGUGGAGAUGUCAAAUGGCAGAACAAGGAGAGAUCGCAGGUCAAGGAGUCGUAGCCCGCGCCGACGUUCAUACUCGCGGGGACGGUCAGGGUCACCAAGGCGCUCUCCUUCCGUCCGUAGACGCUCUCCAUCAGUACGUCGCUCGCGCUCCCGCGACAGACGCAGCCGAUCAGAUAGCAAGACCAGGUAUAUAGAGAAAACCUACCGAUCCACAUCACGAUCCCGCUCACGAGACAGGCAGAGCAGAUCAGACAGUCGGAACAGAUAU